AUGUACGUCUACGACACAGACAACAACUUCCUCCAGCGACUCGACACGCUUGAAUUGCAAACGCUGCUCCCGGCAUUCCUGUCCUUAGUGCAAGAGCAACAACAUGAACAAGAACAACAGACCCCCACAAAGAUCGUAGACCUAGGCUGCGGGACCGGCAGGAACACGCUCUCCCUUCUCCGCGCCACAGCCCCAGCGCCGGAGGACCCCGCCAACACGCCGCCAACCCAGAUCCUCGGCCUGGAGCCGUCGACCGGCAUGCUGGCGGUCGCCCGCACCAAGGUCGAGGAGUACUUCACCAACGGCGGCGCCGCAGCCGGCGACACACGCGACCGCGUGUCCUUUCUGGAAUACAACAUCGCGCCGGAGGGCGGAGCGGAGCCGCCGGCGGCGGCGCAGGGGGCGGACGGGGUGGUAUCGACGCUGGUGCUGGAGCACGUGGAGCUGGCGGGAUUCUUCGGGGCGGUGGCGGCGAUGCUGCGGGCGGGCGGGGUGGCGCUGGUGACGAACCUGCACGCGGAGAUGAGCGCGGUCAGCCAGGCCGGGUUCGUGCAGCCGGCCACGGGCGUGAAGAUUCGCCCGACGCGCUGCUAUGCGUACACGGUGGCGCAGACGCUGGCGGCCGCGGCGGCCGCGGGGCUGCAGCCCGUGGCCGAGGUGCGCGAGACGCGGGUGUCCGAGGAGCUGGCGGCGGUGCUGGGCCCGCGCGCGACCAAAUGGAUCGGGGUGUAUGUCUGGUAUGCCUGCUGCUUUCGGAAGAUGUGA